GGCUGCAGCCUCUUCGUCAAUGAGUGCUCGCACGACAUGGUGCACGAGAACUUCCCGAAGGGCGGCGUCACGCAGGACAGGCAGGCCAAGCAGGCCUGCCAGGACAGGGCGGAGCAGGAGCUGGGCGAGAAGCGCGACGAGCUGAUCUUGCUCGCCCAGCUCGCGGCGGAGCCACGGGCGCACGUGGCCAACCUCUUCCGCACGUUCCUC